UUCAUUUAUUAUAAACCUUUGGUAAACAAUUUUUUUUAUAAUAUCUUAAUUAACGAUUAUUCAAUAUCAUACUAGAAGAGUUAAACUGUUUAGUAAUAGUUAAAAUUAUAACAGAGAAACAUUAUAUUGUUUAUUAUUUUACUCCAUUAUUGAAAACAUUAAAACAUGCCGCUUCAAAGUUAUAUACCGUAUACACAAGAAUCACAUUUUCCAAUUGAAAAUUUACCUUACGGUGUAUUUUCUACUCAAAAUGACUCAACACAUAGAAUUGGAGUUGCAAUCGGUGAAAAAAUACUCGACUUGAAGUCUACAAAUAAUAUAUUCGAUCAUACUUUAAGUGAAAUAUUUCAACAACCAUCUUUGCACAGCCUGAUGGCUUCGAGUAAGUAUACAUGGGCUCAGGCGAGGAAAUCAAUACAGUCAUAUUUGAGUAUUGAAAAUGCCGAUAACAUUAAAAAUGGUGUAUUUUGGAAUCAGAAUGAAGUUACUAUGCAUUUGCCAGUUUCAAUAGGAGAUUAUACAGAUUAUUUUUCGUGUUACUAUCAUGCUAUCAACUGUGGCAACAUCAUGAUGCCACAGAGACCAUUAGCCGAAAAUUGGAAGCAUAUGCCUAUUGCUUAUCAUGGUCGUUCAUCAUCUGUAAUUAUAUCAGGAACUCCAGUUACACGGCCCAAGGGUCAGUUUUUAAAAAAUGGACAGUUACAUUUUGGUCCCACAGAAAUGCUUGAUUAUGAAUUGGAAAUGGCGUUUUUCGUUGGUGGUACAUUAAAUUCUUUAGGUGAUCCGAUACAGACUACCAAAGCUUCUGAUUACAUAUUUGGAAUGGUAAUGUUAAAUGAUUGGAGUGCUAGAGAUAUUCAACUCAGAGAAUCUACUCCUCUCGGGCCGUUCCUUUCAAAAAAUUUUUCCACAAGCAUAUCGCCAUGGGUUGUAACAAUGGAAGCGCUAAACCAUUUUAAAGUAGAUAACUUCAAACAAGAUUUUGUACCAAUGCAAUACUUGCGUCAUGACGAAAAAUACAAUUUCAAUAUACAUCUCAAUGCUAGUGUUUGCUCAAAAGGAUCACAAAACAUUAGUAGUAUUUGCGAUACAAACUAUAAAUAUCUUUAUUGGACGCCAUUGCAACAAAUAGCCCAUCACACAAUUAAUGGUUGCAAUCUACAGCCAGGGGAUUUACUGUCUUCAGGAACAAUAAGUGGUCCCAAAGACGAACAAUGUGGUUGUCUGUUUGAGAGGACAAGAGGAGGCGAAAGGACUAUUAAUUUAGUUGAUAGGGAAUUGAAAUUUUUUAAUGACGGAGAUGAAGUUAUAUUGUCCGGUUAUUGCCAAGGUGACGGAUAUAAGAUAGGGUUUGGGACUUGUAGCGGCAAAAUUAUUCCAGCUAUAUCAUAACAUUUAAAAUUACAUUAAAUAUAUAUAUGUAUAAGUAUUUAAAAAGUUUAUUACUACUAAUUAUAAAUUAAUUAUUUGUUUUGGUGUGUUUGAAUUAUAGAAUAAACAAAGCUAUUUCUGAGCUAAAAGGCUACUUACAAAUAUAUGGUGAAAUUGAAAAAAAAUCUAUUGAAGAUGCUACUGAAAGUAAAAUAGCAUAGUUUGUGUUAAUAAUUGUACUAUUUUUUUUAAUGUAAAUAAAAUAAUAUGUUUAGGCAACAUUUUAAUAUUGAUGCAUUUAA